AAAGUUAACAUUUGCAGUUGUGAACAAUUGUGACAUAUAGCUAUAAAAUGAAUGAGGCCCACUGAAAAACGGACUUAAUUUGAUGUGUCAAUAUUUAUUUCUCUUUGAAAAUAUUUAUUUAGUAUUAAAUAAUUAAUCACUUUAGUUGUCAAAAGUUUGUAGUAGGUGAAAGAGAAUUAACUCUUGCCGGAUAUUUGUUUAGAGGCAACAUGACAAGUCUCAUACUUCCGGCAACACCUUCGCUGCUACAUCAUCAUCCGGACCACCGUUUCCAAAGUUACUGCCAAAAGGCGCGAAACGAUGAACUGUCACUGGAAAAUCUUGGUAUCCGUAGAAACGACAGGCUGAAGAGCGCGUUACAAGAUCUAGAACAUUGUAAGAGGUACCUAGAAAACCCAGAAAAUCGCCAGCUCAAAUAUUUUGGACACAUCAACAGAAAAUUGUACGAUAAAAUGAUAAAUAUCUAUAUUCAACAUACAGACGCGAACGAAAGAACAAUCCUUGGAAAUAAACUGUCAAGGAUCGGGCUGGUUGACACUUUGACUGAGUUCUAUGAUUUUGUAAGGAAUACAAUCGGCAUGCACGGCUUGACAGACGCACGUGUAAAAGGAACUGAAGAUGAAGGAAUCCGACUUCUGCUCACCAUUCGAAGAGUACUGUACACAUUUUCAAAAUUUAGUGAGAAUGUGGUCAAAAGUUUGUCAGAGACCGACUUGCAUAGAGCGCUUCUAGAAGAUCUCCAGAGUUUAACUAAACAAGAACUGCUUCAACUUGAGCUGCUUGAUCUGGAAAACGAGGAAGUAUUCGUGUUUAGCUCCGCCAUGAAUAUUCUGUACGAAUGUGUCAGACACCCCCACACAAAGAGGAACAUGUUCAGACAAUCGGGAAUAUUGAAAACAUUGUCAUUGUUUCUCUGCAGCAAAAACCCUCAGUUCAGAUUAAGGACAGUUCUAGUAUUAGCGUAUGUAUUGACAGAGGACAAAAAGGUCUGUUCGGAAAUACCAUUUGACCUAUUUGAUUUUCUAAUGGAUGCCAUUAACGAGGCGCAACAAGCCAAGGACAGGCUUAUAUAUGGAUUUAGCAUUAAUGAACUUCUAGACGGUUUAACUGCAAUACAGUUUUGUUUUCCCGAUAAAUCGCAUUUUAUGAAUAAACGUCCGUUGCCUGUGAUCAAUGGUCUAUUAGAGAGCGCUGACCAGUCAGAUGUUCUUGCAGCGUUGAAGCUAGUCUGGGAGAUUUCAUUUUGUGAGCAAAGUCGGCGAACUAUGCAGGAAAAUGAAGAUUUGAUGGAUAUUCUGGAAGACCUAAGACUGUCGAAUAAUCCAGCGUUACGAUCUGUUGUCAAGAAAACAUUAUUUGUAUUAACUGAACAAGGAAAGCGUGUAAAACGCACAGCGCGAAAGGAUUUGUUGAGACAACACACUAUGCUGAGUUACAACAAGAGCGAUCAGAAAGUAGUUCUACAGGUAUAUCAUGCACUAAGAUCCGCCGGGUUACCCGUAUGGAUCGAUGUAGCAGAGGUCAACAAAUACACUAAUAGCCUGGAAGGAGUUCUCCGCGCUAUCGAACAGGCAAAUAUUGUUGUCGUCUGCUUCUCGGAAAGUUACGCCUGCGACCAGAGUUGUAGAAUGGAGGCAGAGUACGCAUUUGCUUUGAAGAAGCGUAUCAUUCCGUUGAAGUUACAGAGCGGAUAUGAACCACGUGGAUGGCUGACGUCAGUGAUUGGAUCAAGGUUUUACCAGACACUGACACGUGACAGAUCAUUUGAAAAGCAAAUGAGCAACUUACGGGACUAUAUUCAAGGAGUUGGUGCUACUAUGACAUCUGAUGCCCCGGUCAGUCGGGCUGUUUCUCGAGGAUACAUGUCGAGGGGUCCGCCUAGUGCAAUCUCACGAGCUAUUUCUCGAGUUAGCACGCGGGGGCAGUCAUGUUGUCCUGUAUAUGAGAAGAAAGUCCAGCAGUGGGAUGCAGACGACAUUAUUCUGUGGGCUACACAAUUUAAGCUUGAGGGCCGGGCGUGGAGGGUCGUAAGCAAGCUGACUGUGCAGCAGAUAUUGCAUAUCUACACCGUCUGGAGAAAGACCCCAGAUUAUUUUUACCGCUGGGUGGAAUCAGUUAUCGGCCUUGGCAGUGUAGAGGACUUGAUGCGAUUUCGUAAUGCAGUAAGAUCGCUGAAAGAUUAUAUCUGAAGGAUACGCCUUUGACCUCAUCUACCAUUAUGGAGACAUUUCGGUCGAGACACCAAGAGAAGAGCCUGGUGAUCGACACUGCGUUCAUGUGAGCUUCAGAUGGUUUGUGGGCUAUGCCAAUCCUCCAUGCAACGUACAAUAAAGUGAAAGAAGAGCAAUUCGUGUUAUCAUAAAAUAGCGUGAACUAUAACCUAAACCGCUGCAUUUAAGAGUUACAACAAGUUUGUUUUAAAGCAGUUUACUCUGUGAGCUUGUAUUUGACUCCAGGACCAGUGGAUUUUGCCUGAUCUGGUGUCUCCGAGGAGCCAGCGAAGGGUGGAGUCCGUGCGAGCCGAAUAUAAGAGUCCAGGCCAAGCUUAUGUUGUAAUGACAAUUUUAUUAUAUACCUCCUUGUACUAGGGAGUUAAUGUACUUUAGAAAAUACAGACCACAUUGUAACGUUACAUUUAAAAUGGGCUUUUUCAUUUACUACGCCUAUCAAACGUUUUGACGUCAUAAUUGUUUAUACGCGCUGGUAUCUCACGUUCUGUUUAAGGCAUCGCCUACAGUGGCGACCAUUUGACUCAAAAUUUUACAUGCAAAUUUUCAUAAAAAUUAAAGAUGAUUAAGUGGUAACAAUAAAGUAAAUGCCUUUAUUCGAUAUUUUUCUAUGACAAGAUUUUGUAAUUUUACGUGCAGUCAAACUCAAUAUAUAUUCAAUACAUUUCAAAGAUAAUUACAGCCAAUUGUAAAGCAGACUGUGAAGAAUAAAGUCUUCAGAAAUUAUUUUGAAAUUUUACCUGAUUACUGAAUUAUACACAAAAAUCCCAACACCAUCAAUUUAUCCAAUUUGUGUUAUCUGUUCACACAUAAUUUACAUGUAUAUAAACAGGUGAUAUUAUAGGAUUAUGUAUAUGUUUACCUGGCUACCUGUGGUCAGUAAUGCAUGUACAAACAACAUUUUAAAUUAAAUUUACAUGGGUUUGUCUUUUUGUGUCUAAUGCAAUAACCAGGAACAAUUUUGACAAAAAUCCAUAAGAGUUUGCAGUAUACAUAUUAUACUAUGAAAUUAACUAAAUUUUGUCUUUGUAAUAUUUUUUAUAUUGGAGUUUGACUGCACAUAAAAUUUCAAUAUUUUGGGGUAAACUUUCGGUCUAAACGAGACUCUAACAUUUUACAAAUGGCAUAUGUACUAUAAAUCAUUAUAUGCUUCUUAUGUUGAUGAUAAUUUGACCAGCUGUUAAGGCUUUAGUGCAAUUUUCAAGAGAAAAAUACUCUGCCUGAAAAUAUGAACUGAUACCGAGUUGCGACUGUGGCGAUGCCUUAAAUUAAUUGAUCAAAAGCGUAAUAAAAUGGUGAAAAUGAAUAAAAAGAAAAUGUAAUUAUCAAGACUUUAAAAUUAUGUAUUAGAAAGGGCCGUGGUGGAGAAUCUGUAAGGCCUGCUUUUCUUUUUUAAAAGUGUUUUCAUCAUUUUAUACUAGAUCUACCUAUGGAAACAUCAAUAUCAACGAAAAAAGUCCGGAUACACGCAUGAUACGGGCUUUGAGUUACAACAAAGUAAAAUACGGAAUUUUGUUUUCUGCCAGUUCGUAUUUAUAAGCCAUAUUUCUUACAGAAUUUAUAUAGGUUUAUAAUAAACUGUAUAAUGUUUA